CAGCCGGCCAGGUCCCGGGAGCCGAGCCUUCCUCCGCGCGAGCCCGGCGAGCCUUGCCGCGGAUGCCCUGCCCGGAGUGCUCCGUGUCGCGCCAGGCUUGCCAGGGUCCGCGGCGAGACAUGCCCGAUCCAGGCGCUGCACCGACCUCGACUUAUCUGUAAGCAGCGGAAGGGCUUCCUCAAAACAAUGAAAGGUAACCUUUGGAGACUGCCUGCACCCAAAUCUAAUCAUUUCUGGGUUUUUCUCAUUCAGACACAAGUGUUCAUGCUUGCAGAGACCUGCUUAAAGGAACCAUGGUCAGUAAGGAAUCCGGCAAAUGCCAACUCACAACGCCCGAGAGUGAAGUGGAGCCGGCUGCCUGCCUGGCCCUGGAGAUGAAAUACGCCCUGGAUCCCAACCGGCAGAUUAAAAAACGGAACAAAGCCCUGCAGGUGCGCUUUAAGGAUAUCUGCGAGGCCCAGAGUGAGCAGAGGGACACGCAGCUCUCCUCCUCCGGACAGCCAGGAGAGAAGAGGGAGGCCAAGCCCGUGUCCUGCAGAGCAGCUUAUCGUAAAUACAUGACAGUGCCCGCACGCCGCUCCAUCCCCAACGUCACCAAGAGCACAGGCGUGCAGACCUCGCCGGACCUGCGAAAGUGUUACCAGACAUUCCCUCUGGACCGCAAGAAAGGGAGCCUCAAAAGCCUCCCAGCUGCAGAUCCCUUCAAAAACCAAAACAAUGGGUUUCUAGCAGACACCAAGGAGAAGAGUGAGGCGGGCCCCAUGGAAGAGUCCCGGCCAUGCAUGGCGGGGCGCAUUCACAAGACCACAGCCUUGGUUUUCCAUUCGCAUGAGCACGUGAAUGCUCUGGAUCAGCCUCCGGGGGUCAACUGCGCAGAGCCCUGCAGAGACCCCGGAGUGCUCAGCCAUCCAGAGGGUCCUCUGCAGAACUCCUCACGGCCUCCCCCCCAAGAGCCUGCUCACCAGCUGCAGGGGCGAGCAAAGCCUGAUGGGGGGACCCCAGACUCUGAGGAGCCCGCUCUGCCCGCCCAUGGGAGGGUGUUUAAAACGGAGGUCGCCACCGUGUACGCACCUACCAUCAGUGCCAGGGCCCCUGAGCCUGGCUUGUCAAACUCUGCUGCCGCCAGCCAGUGGUCCCUCUGCCCUGCAGAUGAGGAGCAGAGGAGAGCCACACAUCUCAAUGGGCUGCAGGCGCCCCCGGGCUCUGCUCUGGCCUGCUCGCCCCCAGUGCAGUGCCUGUCCCCCGAAUGUAGCGAACAGCCCCUAGAGACCCAGCCCAGUCCCACAGCUGUGGCGGCGGGUGAAGAAUGCCAACAAAUCGUGCCUCACACGGAGGUGGUGGACCUCAAGGCACAGCUUCAGAUGAUGGAGAACUUGAUCAGCUCCAGCCAGGAGACCAUCAAAGUGCUCUUGGGGGUCAUUCAGGAGCUGGAGAAAGGAGAGGCCCAUCGGGAAGGGCUUUCAUAUCGGACGGGGCAAGACACAGCUAAUUGUGACACAUGCAGGAACAGUGCAUGUAUUAUCUAUAGUGUGGAGCUGGACUUUAAGCAGCAGGAAGACAAGCUGCAGCCCGUGCUGAGGAAACUGCACCCUAUCGAGGAAACUCAGGUCGCCCCUUCGCCUUACACUCAGGAGACGUACUCCGCAACGCCCAAGCAAAAAUCCAAAACUGAGUCUAAAAAGCAUGGAAGGUGGAAACUCUGGUUCCUUUAACACUGGUGGUAUGAAGUCUCGAGGCUGUCUUUAAAACCCACUGGAGUUAAAUCAGUCCUUUUCCAGAACGAUUAGGAUCGAGGGAACUGCGGUGCCAAUCCACGAGCUCCCCGCUUCUCGCCCUGCGUACCAAAAAGGCCUUCGUCCCACCAGAUAAUUAACAGAGUAAGGUAAUCAAUGUCACACCUGGCUAGCUGUUCUUUGCAGUUCACGGAUGUGGGAUGUAAAACCUGAAAUGAAACUUAUGUACUCAACGAUGAUAAGUAAAAAUUCUAACCCCCCAGAUCUGCAAGGAUUAGGUUACCAACCUGCACCAUGGCAGGCUGUCACUCUGCACAGCGAAAACUCAUAAUUAUUUUCCAGCCUUUACUUUAUUUUUAAAUAACGAGAAGAAAAAGCAAGCCUUAUGUUUGCAGAGGACUUCAUUUUUACGUUCCAUCUUGCAAAUAAGCAGGGGGCGAGUGCAAUUUUCAGCACAUCAAAUUCCGGAGAAAGCACAAUUUUUUCAAGUGGUCAGAGACCAUGAAUAAUCUCUAAAAUGUGACUCUAUGUAUAUUUGCCUUCAUGUGCUGUAGCGCUAAGCCAAGUGACCACAUCUCAGUGUCACACUGACACCUCAAAUUGAGCACCCUCUUCAUCUCUAGACCUACGACAUGUUUACUGCUCAUUUUCCAAAUGGCCAGCAGCCAGGAGUCCCCCAAAGUCAAGACAUGCCUUUAAUCAUUGCAAGUUGACAGGGUCAGAGCUAUUGGACACUCAGCUUUCUUAGAUCUCGUUUUUAAUCUUUUGGUACCCAAAGGCCAAACGAUAAAUUCUGGCAAGAAUUUGAAAACACAUAUAGAGAUACACAAUGGAUAACACAGUCACCAAUAAAUCACAGGCUCUCUGCCACGGCGGGAAGUGUUUUUGUGGAUCAAUCCUCAGAGACAUUGCUCGCCCAUAGAGCAGCCAGACAUUUUAUAUAAUUCGUUAUGCUUUAUAACAACCAUGGAAGGUCUGACCAUCUCAAAGAGAAACAGCGUGUUCCGUUUAGCUGCUACCAAUGGACAAACUUAAUAUCACCUACAUUUAACCUGUUAGUAAGUUGUACUAAACGACAUACUUAGGGGAAAGCUGUGAAUCAAAUGUUUUUAGGUAUUUUUUAAAUCCACAGUAACACUCAGAGUUCUCUCUUGAUUACACAUUGCAAUGUAAAUCUUAGUUCCUUUAUUUUUUCACUCAUUUCUUUGCACCUUUGCAAGUAUCUUUUUAUAGAAAAAAAAAUCCCCUAGUCUGUUAAUGACUUUGUCUAUCAAUUUUUUGCUUUUCACAAUAGGAAGUAGGGAUCUUACUUUGCCUUUUUUUGUACAACUUAAAUUUUGAAUAGUUUGUGAACAUACUGAAAAACCCAGUCUUCGAGUUUUUGUCCAGCAGUUUCAUAUCUAAUCACGUGCCGGCGUGCACACCUCAUUGAUCAGAUGCCAAACACAAAGUGGCUAGUGUUGGGAAAAGGAUCGCAGCCUGCUUGGUUCACACCAGAGCUACUUCUUGCCAUGCAUUUUCCUCCUCACUCAACAGCAAUUCUGUUUUAGUUUUAAGCGUCUGGUUCUAUAAGGACCUAGCUAUCAGCAAUCAGAUCUGGACUUGAAAAAGACGAAAGAAGAGUAUUUGUGAAAACAUUCUUUAGGGGUUACUCAAACAGUACUGCAGAGGUAUACUUAAUUUAACACACACCCCGGUUGUAGAAAUAUUGUAUAAGGAUUCAAAUCCCUGAAUAGCAGUAACAGAACUGAGAAAUAUUUUUUGUGCAAGAAGAGCGAUAGGCAAGUUGUUCCUGUACCUUGAAGGAAGUGCAAUUGUUUCAUGUAGACUAAAACUUUAAAAACGUGUUUCAUGUUUUUAUACUGUUUUUAACUAAAGUUAUAAAAAUGUUUGCGACAAGUUCUCUCUCCUUCUGUUUUAAGAACCCUAGUGAGAUUAGUGAAUGGAAAGAAGAAAGGUGUCCGCAGCUUGCUAAACCAGCACUGCACACCUGACCCACCGAAAGGGCUUCCUGGAACAGGAGGUGUCCCCAUGUCAAACCAGUUUAGACCAAAAUCCUAUGGUUAAAACUUUCAGAGUCAAAAAGGAAACUCUGUAGGUAAACUAAUUCUUCCUGGAAAAUGAAAGCACCUCCAAAACAUUUGAAAAUAACAUUUUCAAAAUCAUUUCAUGGUUUAAUUGCGAUGCAUCACUGAUGGAUGGAGAUCCUUCUCUUGACAGAUUUAAGCAAAAACUUUGACACAAAACCAAGGUAACAUGUCCCGUGCUCCCUCAUAUGUACAUGUACAUGGCAUUACGUAUAGAGAUUAAUUAUUAUACUUGUCAUCAAGUUCUUUAUUAAUUUUUAAAUAAAAAAAAAAUCAAAGGUAAUGUUUUGUGUGGCUAUCAG